CUCUCGCUCGCGGCGAUGGCGGUACCCGGCUGGGAGCGCGCGGCCCGGCUCCUGCUCUGCGCGGCGGGGCUGGCGCUGUCUGCUUACGCUUUCCACGUGGAGACCUCGAAGGAGCGGGACGCCGCCUACCGGGCCAUGUGCGACAUCAGCGCAGCCGUCAGCUGCUCCCGCGUUUUCACUUCCAGGUGGGGUCGUGGUUUUGGCUUGGUGGCCACGUUUCUGGGACCUCGUAGCGUGUUCAACCAGCCUAAUAGCGUCUUUGGGAUUGCUUUCUACACCCUGCAAAUCCUUCUGGGCUUCUCCAACAGCGGCCUGGCGGCCAUUGCUCUGCUGGGCUCUUCGGUCGUCUCCAUAGUUGGCUCGCUGUACCUGGCCUACAUCCUGUUCUUUGUGCUCCACGACUUCUGCGUGGUCUGCAUCAGCACCUACCUCCUCAACUUUGCCCUCCUCUUGCUCAACUACAAGCGCCUCGGCUACCUCAACCAGGCCUGGAAGCGCCCCGUGGCCAAAGCCAAGAGGCAGUGAAUGAAGGCGGCACCUCAGGCUGGGAAGUCCUGCGAGGGUGGAGGUUUCCCAGGGGUCUCACCUACCUCUGGUGUUUCCUUAAGCACUGGGUUGGAUCUGGGCCGAAUUCAUUGCGCUUAGGUCCCAUUGAAAUUCAAGGCAAAGGGUUUAUCAUUAGUCUUAUGGACUCCAGUGGGAACUAAAUGCAGGUAGCUUGCAACCCAUUAAUCUGUUUCUAUAUCACCUGAAUGCUCUUCCAGCUUGGAAAACGUCUUCCCAGAAAUCGAUGAGAUCAGCAUUCCACUUGUCUGACCCUUCGGACUCCAUUCAGAUUAGCUUAUGAACCUCCAUUUUGGAACUUAAAUGGAUGCAGUUUUUGGUUGGGCUGACCUACAGAUACGUAAAUCAAGCCCUUUGUUCCUUUCCUUAUUUCUUUUUAAUACAAAACUUAUUUUUAUAGCUCUUUUUAGAAAAAAAUUGUAUACAGAGCAAUUUGUAAAAUACAGCUAUUCGUGAUCACAUUGAAAAGCGUUGAAUUGAGAGCUGUUACGUCUUUU